AGUGCCAGACAGCUGCUGUGAGCAGGCACCGGGGGAGAGCCGGAGGGGAGUUGGAACCUCCAGCUCCAGGUGGGACUUCCUCCAGGCUCCAGCAACACCAGCGGACGCUCCCGGUGGAUGCUCGGGUGCUGAGCAGCUGCGACCUGCCUGCUCCGUGCCCAGAAUGGCCUGUGCCGAGGGCUCGCAGCAGCCCCGGGCCAUCUUGGCAGGCGCCACCUCCGUGGCCGUCGCAGCCACAGGUCUCAGCCGCGGUCCCCCUGGCUCCGUGGAGCGCGAGCUGGAGUGCCUGGUGUGCCGGGAGCCCUACAGCUUCGCCCGGUCGCCCAAGCUGCUGAACUGCCAGCACACCUUCUGCGCCGUCUGCCUGAAGCUCCUGCUGUGUGUGCAGGAAGACACCUGGUCCAUCACCUGCCCGCUGUGCCGAAAGCUCACGGCCGUGCCUGGGGGCCUCAUCGGUAGCCUGCGCAACCAGGAAGAGGUGGUGGGAUGGCUGGCCCAGCCGUGUCGCGAGGUGCAGCUCUGUCCUCAGAAGCUGACAGGCCCAGCUGCCUCAGCCACGGUGCUCCCCAGCUCCGUGGGAGAGGACGGGCCGGGCACAGUGAGUGCCAACCGCGUGGCAGCCCGGCGCCUGGCUGCGCACCUGCUCCUACUGGCCCUGCUCAUCUUCGUCAUCCUGCCCUUCAUCUACCCAGGCGUCAUCCGGUGGGUGCUGGCGCUCAUCAUCGCCCUGGCCCUGCUGAUGUCCAUGCUCUUUUGCUGCCACCCCCACAGCCUGGGCACCCCCAGGACUCUCUUCCGCGGAGAACAGAAGCACAGCGAGAUCACCUCCAUCGCCUGAGUGCCCCGGCCUGGGCAGCCCCUGCAGCCUGCUCUGGGUCUGUGACUUCCUCUGGAACAGGGUAAGGGGCCGCGAGCUAAGACUGGAGGCCUCGGGAUCGCCCGCCAGCUGCACUUGCACACGGAAGCCCAGACGCCCAAAUCAGGUCAACAAGGCCGCCCUGGGCUGAUGGGCUCACACCUGCCCUGGGGACAGCGCAGCUAACCUGGCAGGGUGGGGAGGAGGCACCGACCACCUGUACGCUCCAAGGGGGGGCCUCCUGUUCCUCUUAUUCCAAUGCUCCUGGCUUUUCUUUAUAGAACCUGGUGCAAGUAUGGAAAAUAUUGGUCCUGCUGCAGAGCAAAAUAGAACUGGGACUCUUUUUAUUAUUUUUUUUAA